GAGUAGCGAGUCCAGUCGUUGUGGGAGAGAGUGCGCUUUGGCGACCACGGUGUUGAUGGGCGGUUACAUUCAAGAGAAAUCGUCCUAGCACUACACGUACUUGUCGUUAGCCCAAAUGUUGGGAAAUUUUUACCGAAUACUUUCGGGUUGUGUCGUCUCUUCAGGGGGACGGUAGCGCGAUACGCAGAACGCUAUGCAGGCCCGCAGUUAGGUCUCGAUCGAGCAGUAGGCUCCCAGUGCAAACAAGCACUCGAGAGUCAAGCUGCGAGGAACUGCAGAGCGUCCAGCGGGAACGAGUUCCAAAAAGAUGUCUUCCGGCUGCAUAUCCAGUGAACCCCAGCAGGAGAAGCUGCACAAAAACUGCCUAAUUGAGCUGCUUCCUUCAAACCUUCUGCGAAGGCGCCCGGCACCAUCUGUGCGACCGACCCCAGAAGAAGCGAAGGAGUGGGCCAGAUCGUUCAGGCACCUUACUGCUUCAAAAUAUGGCCUAGCCCUGUUCCACGUGUUCCUGGCCAGGGAGUACAGCGAAGAGAAUAUUGAGUUCUGGCUGGCCUGUGAAGAGCUCAAGACCUGUCGGCCCAACAAGCUUUCCGUCAAAGCACAGAGAAUCUUCGAAGAGUUCAUCGCACCACACUCGCCGAAAGAGGUAAACCUCGACGCCCUGACGCGAGCCGAGGUGACGGCGAGCCUGACCAAGAGGCCCGACCGGACCUGCCUCGACCUGGCCCAACGCCGCGUCCAGGGCUUGCUGGAGAGGGACGCCUACCUGCGCUUCCUCCAGUGCGAGCUGUACCAAGAGCUGUGCAAACCGCCCGCACCCUAGCACGCACCCGGGACCUGCCCCCCCUCUCUCUUUCGUUCGCUCACCACACCAUUCGACAUUGUGCCUUCUUCUCGUCCCCAUUAUUACAACACGCGCGCUCCACGCCGACUCGCUGGUUUCCCAUGGUCCUGGCGUCGGUACACAUAGACAGAGCAGCGGAAGCCUAGGCAAA